GCCACCAUGAUUUCAGCCAACCGAUGAUGGAAGAGAAGGAAGGCAGGAGCUCCCCAGAUUUGCCUCCUCUGGACAAUGGAUGGAGGACAGGUUGUCCCUUCACCCCUGGCGCCCCUUGGGAAUGUGUCAGUGGAUUCUAGCAUGUCUCUGGAACAAAAAACAACAUUUGUCUUUGUGGUUUUGUUGUUCGUUUUCUUGGGCAUCCUCAUUGUCCGGUGCUUCCGGAUUCUCCUGGACCCGUAUCGGAGCAUGCCGACCUCAACUUGGGCCGAUGGGCUCGAAGGCCUAGAAAAGGGGCAGUUCGACCAUGCCCUUGCCUGACUACCGAGCAGUGUCUCCUCCAGAGAAAGCAAAGCGUAUUUCCUGUUAGCAUGAAGAUGCCCUUUGUGGAUGUUCUUAACAAAUCACCUUUGACAAUAUCUAAUCUUAAAACCACAACGCAUUACUCCAUAAACACAAAGUUGUGUUAUGAAUGUCUUAUUGGAGGAUGGUGGAAAAGUUUAUCUUAUCAACCAAAAAAAGCCAAAUGACAAUGUAAAUGUCUAUUUAGUCAGUGAGUGACUACUGUGGAAUGUGUGAUUGUAAAAGCCAAGGGUAUCAUCAGGACAUUGAGUUUACCAUACACCAAAGCACAAGCUAAUCUUAUCAGACAAGAAAGGAUUUAGAAAGGAGCUGAUUCCAAUCUGGUGACUGUCAUGAAAUGGCUGCCCCGCUCUGCUCAGGCCUCUCUAUUUGCUCAAUUGAUCUCAUGGGCAUCUGAGUCUUGUCCUAGGCAGCAUGAGAAAGAGGCCUUAGAGUACUUGAGGCAGGUACUUGUUUCUGUCCAAAGAGAGGAGUACUGGAAGCAGAGGGAGGCUUAGAAGAGAUGGUUCUGAUCUUGGCAGAUAAAAGUGAGCAUGGUAUCAUUUUAAUGCUCAGGCAAAACAUACAGAGCUUUCAAAACUUACCAGACCUUAGCAGUCCUAUUACAUUUUCUGUUCUCAUGUGAAUACCACAUG